AUGGAGAAGAAUUACACUAAUCCAUUAGCUGCCACAGGCUCACAACCUCAGCGGGAAAAUCUCACAUUCAGCAUUGAGACUGAAAAAUUGUCACCUGAAGUUGCAGAGCUUACACUGUCCAUUAAAAAGCUGUCAGAAACUUUGCUGUUCCACUGGAAAAAUUUCCCCAUCAUCUUGCCUGAUUCUAUCACAGAAAAGAGGGCAGAUGCAACCAUCAGUGAUGGUGAAGAGUAUACGGGAGUUGUCCAGUUUAAGGACUUGUUUGUGACUCCAACUUUUGAUGAACUUGAAGCCGUUGCUAUGGACGAAAGUGGGAAACUGAAGAAGCUUAAUGAGGCUCAGUUCACAAUGAUCAGGAAACUGGGGGAGUUUGAAGUGGCCAGCCUGAACUUUCCAGGCCACACACACAGAUGGAGACUCAGCAAGAUAUUGCAGAAGGGCUCUGAGAGGACUCGAGAUUCACUCCUUGAGGAUCUUGCAAGAUCCCUGUCUUUGAUAACCAUUGUCGCCCGUGACAGAUUCUGUUCAGAUUUUUUUAGCUUGGCAGAGGCAGUAAGGAGCUGGGGCAGUGGACUUUGCUGUCUGUUAGAUAUUCUUAUUGGUGUUCCUUCAACCUCAUCUGGUGACCUGUGCCACAAGCUGCAUGAGGAGCGUAUGCGCUACCUGGUAGCAGAGUUAGACAUUAAGCCCAGCCUAAAGAGAGAGCUGAACACAUACUGUGAGUAUGUGAAGACACAAUGUCGUGGGUUUCCUGGUAAUAAACACAAGACAGCAGAACUGAGGCCUCCUCCAAUUCCCUACCGCUAUCAAACUCCUAAAGGCCAAGAAAUCGACCUACGUCUGUUUAAUAAAGAUCUGAUGAACAACAGUAUGGGCAUCCUGUCAAAUAUCCUGGACCGUCAGGCUAAAGGCUGGCACAUACAGAUGAGAACAAAACUCAUCCGUCACUAUCAAGGUCAGGGUUGGACUAAUGAGGAGAUUUCCAAGAAAGUGACUGAGGACAUCAUGGAUCAUUAUCUGAAUAAAGUGUUCAUGGCAAUAACCACAAACGCUGAGCUAGAUGUCCUGCAACCUGGACUAGGUGAUCUUCUGGUAAAUCAAGCCAAAUCAGUGAUUGCAAUGUUGAAAGCUAAGCAGAAUUUACGAAAGAAAAUGGAUGAACAAAAAGAAAAGUUGAUAAACUACCUAAAGGAAACUUACCCGAUCAAGUCUCGAAUCAGCACUUGGAUGACAGAACAGAUUCAUGCUUUUGAGCGUGAGUUUGUGAGACAAAAUUUGUGGACUGUACACGAAGAAGCCAUUAGUAUGUGUGAGGAAGAUGGCCUCCAGCAGACGGUUUAUUUCUUACGCAGAGAUCUCAACUUCAUAAAAGAGCGGGAAACUGUGUUGAGGAAAGAGCUGGGCAGAGUUAAGGCUCCUACACAAGAAUUUACUUUCUCUACUCGCAUUUGGCUUCCCCACAAUUGGAUUGUUCGGAAAUGGAACAAUGGAUUGAAGUCAGAGAUCAUUGAAACAGUUAUUCUGGAGUCGCAGCCACUGCACAAAACUUCAUCAGAUGCAAAUAUCAGCUUCUCAGUGCAAAAAUCAAUUGAGAGGGGGACAAGCACUCGAUAUCCAUUCUGGCGAUGGUGGAAUUUUCUACAGCGCACAUGGAGUUAUACAUGGAAUCUCAUGUAUUUCUUCGGGAUUGUCAUACCCUGGUGUAGUCCCGUGAGCUUUCGAGCUUUACUUUGGCCUUCAUCAUUUGUUCCUGACCUGGACCAGUCUCAACAUGAUGGCUCUCUUUUUCCCCGAGAAAGCUCACGGACACAGAGUCUCUUGUCACGUCUGAGGGCACUGUUCAGCAACAUCACAAGUUCAAGGGCACAGUUUGAAGCUGCACCAGACACAGGGUUUCUGGGCAAAAGUUUGACCCGUCAUUUCAACCGGUUUUGGAAUUAUGUGGUAAAGGGUGCUCUUGGGAGCAUAGGGAUAGUGCUGGUUUUUCCUGCCUUGUGUAUCAGCGCUUCCACUUUAUCACUGGCGGCAGCUCUCCUGACACCCAUUUGGGUUCCCAUAGCAACAUUUGUCAGCCAUAUUUUCUUCAUUCUGAUUUGGGAUGUUGACUGUCCAAGGCCUGAGAAGAACAAAUUCUUCAUCCUGUUCGAAGCUGUUAUAUGGAACAUGUUGCUCCAAGGUUGCCUGCAACCACUGUUGGCUAUACUGAUUGGUGCUGUUGCAUGUCCGCUGGCUUCUUCUGCUGUUUUCCUGUAUGGAAUUUGCAGCAGCUGCCUAAGAAGCUUCUGGGAUGCAUGCAUGUUUCACAUCGUCAUCAAGAAUCGUGGCCGGGUACCUUCGAGUGAUGGUUUUGUGGCACGAAGAAUAGCAGGACCUGGGCUAGCUUCCAAUUACUUCUUUCAGAUCCAUCCUGAGCAAGCACUGGCCGCAUUGGAAGCAAGAAUAGAGCAUGACGAGCUAGAUACGUGGAAGAAACAGCAGCUGGCCAUCAUUGAAGAGCCUAUAGAAACUUACCAGAAAUUAGUGGAGCAGUGUUUCAAACCAUUCUCAGCAGCACUGAGUGAGAGAGGGGUGUAUCUAGAUUUGUGCCAGGAGACAGCUGAAUAUGUAAAGAUUCUCAAUGCAAAAGUUUCACAGCGGGAAGUGAAGCUUUACACAGGAUUAAACCCAGACCUUCAGAGAAGAAUCAAACUGCCUGAGAGUGAUCUGAAGUUGACCUUAGUGUACGCAGCCAAGAUCUUGGAAGAGUUUUACCCAGAACACAUCAUCAAACCUUCUGGCCUCACAGAGGAACAGUUCUGGGAAUCUAAGGAUUUGGAGUUUAGAGAUUGGAAAGGUUUUGCGGCAAAGAAAUUGAAGGAAAUCUUUACUCCAGCAUUUCUGGUCCCUUUAGAGGAAACAGAUAACUAUUUUCAGCUGAAGGUGAAGCAUCUCAACAUUAAGCGUUACACUGAAAUGCUGUCAUCUGCCAACUUCCAUGAUGAUUUGGAUUUGGUGGUGGAGCUACACACACCUGAAGGUGAUGUAAGUAUUCAAGCACCAUACCUUGAUGUUACCUACUUUGAUCCAAGGAAAAAACAGAACAUCGGUUCCCUCUCAACAUCAACUCCCAGGUCACAAGGUUGUGCAAGGAAGAUAGCCGGGCAACCCCUAGAGUUGGAUAAGCUAGAGGUGCCAUUGCCAAUCCCCCACCCAGCAAACAUUGCAAUAGCAAUAUAUAACAGAGAAAAUGAUCAGGACUCGAUUGACUUGAACGAUGCUACAUGUCAGAAAAUUGUCAGGGCGACAAAAGAA